GACGUUGCCAAGAACCUCCAGCAGCUCGUCCGACGUGCUAGUGACUACAGAAGGCCCAGUGUGUUUUCAGACGAUGCUAGUAGGAAUUGCGCAUAAACACCCAGCCUUUUAUCAGUAUUAAUCACUUGCGCGUCAGGAUGAUUAUAGACAAUGUUGACGCUCUGAAAUCCUGGCUGGCUAAACUUCUUGAACCCAUAUGUGAUGCUGACCCGUCUGCAUUGGCGAACUACGUUGUGGCGUUAGUAAAGAAGGAUAAACCAGAGAAAGAACUCCGAGCGUUGUGUGCGGAUCAGCUGGAUGUUUUCCUUCAGAAAGAGACUACAGGGUUCGUCGAUAAACUCUUUGAAUGCCUAACCACCAAAAAUUAUUUGGGAACUCCAGCUGCUAAAGAAGAGAGUAAAAUCCCAGUGCAGAAGCUUGAGGAGAAGGAAGAGCCUAGUCAUGUUGAAGAUGAUAGGGAUAACAGAAGAAGAAGAAGCCCAUUAAGGAAUCGUUCAGACUUCAACGAAUCAAGGGCUAGAGAUGACCGCAGGAGAGACGACCGUAAGCGACGGGAACUGGACCGUCAUGGAAAGAGCGGAGAAUCGUACCGAGACCGACAUGAGCGACGAGGAGGAAGCUCACGGGGGAGAAGCUACAGUCGAAGCAGGAGUCGUAGCCGCAGUAGCAGCCGUGGAAAGAGCCGAGAAAGAGAGCACAAUCAGAGGAGAGCAGAGCACAGAUCCAAAUUUGAGCCGGAGCGGAAGGACAUAGAGCCUUACAACCCAUCCUCUGCCCACAUGGGUAACCCACACCACCAGCAGACCCAUCCACCCCCCCUGCUCCCUCUGCCCCUUCCUCAGCACCAGUUCCACUCUUCAGGGAGCCCAGUCGUCCCCAACGCUGUAACCGUGGUAGCACCGGCUCACCUGCCCGACAGCACUACAGAGAGCUGGUCCACAUACUUCACCAACCACACAGACGGCAAGACGUUCAACAAGAGCAACACGCUUAAACACCGCUGCAGAGACUACGACGAGAAAGGAUUUUGUAUACGAGGCGAUCUCUGUCCUUUUGACCACGGUAAUGACCCUCUGAUCGUGGAUGACGUCACACUUCCUACCAUGAUCCCGUUUCCACCCCCACCAGGCCUGCCACGGAUGCCCAUGCCGCCAAUGACAGAACCACCUCCUCGCAUGCCCAUGCCACUGCCCCCUCCCCACGGACAGCCUCCGCCUCCAGGCAUCUACCCCAUGCCAGGGCCUCCUCUAAUCCCAGCUACUAGGAUAGACACUCAACCCCACUCCAGAACCAGCACCUCUUCCCCUUUGGCCCUGCCUGGAGUGAGACCUCCUCCUCCUCCUCCACCACCACCUCCUUCCUCAUCUUCCUCCUCUUCUGCCUCUCUUCACCCUCAGUACACUCUCUCUGAAUACAGCUAUGACCCUGAGGCCUAUAACCCAGAGUCUCCGGGACUGACCGGGCCAGGCAGAGCUCAGUACCGCCAUUUUAUUCCUCGCAUCCAGACACAGAGACCCAAUCUCAUCGGCCUCACCGCUGGUGACGGACAAAGCUCACGAGCGGCUAACAUAGUAAUCCAGACAGAGCCAUCCGUCACGAGUGUGUCGAGCGGAGAGGUGAGGUACAGCUCUGAGCAGGAGAACAGGAAGAGAUGUUUGCCAUCUACAGACGGACCACAGGCCAAAAAACCCUGGAUGGACAAGCAAAAUUUCAAUAACCAGCAUAAGCCCACCUUCCCAAAAAAGAACCAUUACGUCAACACCAAACUAGAGGUCCGCAAAAUCCCCCGGGAGCUCAACAACAUCACCAAACUCAAUGAGCACUUCAGCAAGUUUGGAACAAUAGUCAACAUCCAGGUGGUGUUUGGGGGCGACCCUGAGGCGGCAUUGAUCCAGUACACCGCUAACGAUGAGGCUCGGAGGGCCAUCUCCAGCACCGAAGCUGUUCUGAAUAACCGCUUCAUCAGAGUGUACUGGCAUCGAGAGGCCACAUCCAACUCACAGGAACAGGGACCCAGUCAGAGCACAAACCCUGGACACCAACAUCCCGCAACUCACAAGGUCAUUAAUAAGCUGCACACCGCAGGAUCUUAUGUGCUGAAUAAAACCUUCCCUAAACAGCAGACUGCCACAGGAGCCGCAGGCACAACAGGCAGCACUGAACUUACCAGCCCAAGCCAGGAACCUUCAGUGGGUUUGACGCCACCUUCAAGUUUACAGAAGGGUCCGUUCUUGCGCACAGUGUUGAAAACCGCAUCAAAAUCAUUGGGAAAAACGGGCAAAGCACUGGAAGCUCAGGAGGUUUUGAAAAAGAAGCAGGAGGCGCUGAAACUGCAGCAAGACAUGAGGAAGAAGAAACAAGAAAUGCUUGAAAAACAGAUCGAAUGUCAAAAGGUGCUGAUAAACCGCCUGGAAAAGAACAGAGGGAUGAAGCCAGAGGAGAGAGCCAACAUCAUGAAGACUCUCAAAGAACUGACAGAAAAGAUAUCUCAGCUGAAGAAUGAGAUCAGCCCGACCUCACAAGCUGCUGCAAACACGACACAAACAAAGUCAAAAACAGAUGCACAGAAAGAGUUGCUUGACGCGGAGUUGGACUUCCAUAAGAAGCUGACGUCAGGAGAAGACACCACAGACCUGAAGAGGAGGUUGGGUCAGUUGCAGGUGGAGGCAACACGGCUAGGACUGAUCCCGGCUGGGCGGGGCAAGCCACCAGCAGCACCAAGUCGAGGCAGAGGGAGGGGCCGAGGGCGGAGCCUGAGGGGGCGUGGAGGAGGCAAUCACAUGGUAGUAGACCACCGGCCUCGAGCCCUCACUAUUAUUGGCUUCACACAGGAAGAGAAGGAGGAGCUCAUGCCUCAUUUUGUGAAAUUUGGCGAGAUCGAGGAACUUCGUGACCAUGAUGCUACCAGUGUUGUGAUGACCUUCAAAACCCGUAGUGAAGCGGAAAACGCUGCAAACCAAGGGGCGAAGUUCAAAGGUCGAAUUCUACAGAUCUCAUGGUACAAACCUAAAACUCCAUCCGUGUCCACUGAACCAGAAGAGGAGGAGUCAAAGGAAGAGGUCAACGCCGCAGGAAUUCGUGUAAUGACGGAUCCAGUCAGCCCCUUUCUGCUUCCAGAGGAAGAGGAAGAAGAUGACGAUGAAGAUGAUGAAUAUGAGAGCCGCUCAUGGAGGCGAUGAAAAAGGGGAAACGACACCGCUUUUUGUUCAAGGACUCUCAUUUUUAGUUUCUGUUUGUGAAUUCUAAUUUAAGUAUAUUUGAUUGAAUAAGACAGAAUCUUUUUUUUAAGAUGGUUUUCAGUAUUUUGAGAGGUGGAAAAAAUGAAAAGUCUAACGGCAUUCUCCGUACACGAGAAUAUAAGAGAAUGUGAGACGUCUGUGGGGACUUGCAGUGUUUCUGUCACUCUGAAAUCUCUGCAUUAUGUAUCAAACUCUCACUUUUGCUGAGAUUGAUUGCAAAAUGUUUCAGCAAGGAAACAUUUUGUUUCACUGUGCAUGACCAGAUAUCAGUAACUCACAACAUUUGUGACUACUGUGAAUUUUUUUU